GCACGUCGUCCACUAUGCGCGAGCCGUCUGUAUAAAAGACUACUACUCUGAUACUGUACUCUGAUCUUUGUGUCAGACUUUAACUUUAACAAACUUAACCGCACGUCAGUUCUUUGUUGAGAAAAACAACGGGGGUCCUCGUCAAUCCGACGUCACUAGAACGCGGCAUACCCAGUGCACGUACGCCUGCCUGGCUACGUCAGCACGUCGUCCACUAUGCGCGAGCCGUCUGUAUAAAAGACUACUACUCUGAUACUGUACUCUGAUCUUUGUGUCAGACUUUAACUUUAACAAACUUAACCGCACGUCAGUUCUUUGUUGAGAAAAACAACGGGGGUCCUCGUCAAUCCGACGUCACUAGAACGCGGCAUAAAUUUGGUUGCCUUGGACGACUUUUGCCAUGAAUUGCAUUGAUGAAAUCGAGGGAUUGAAGAUGAUUAUGGAUGGCACCAUCCAUAUGGCACCCAAGCAAAGCCAAGUAGCCCAGAACCAAAUGCGAAGAAACAUGGGAGACUAUGCCGAGGUUCACGGACCCUACAGAGCCAAUCGCGGGUAUUCAGCCUCGCUGCAGCCUCUACAAGUCCACAACGGUCUGUCUAAUCCACCGCGUGCGUCCACCCUGAGGGAAUGUGAGCUCAUCAUCCGUCAGCUGUACAACACCAACCGUUCACAGUCCCAGCAAAUUGUGCGCUACAAGGAGUUGCUGGAAGAUAUUGUGCUCAACAAGAGAAAGAGAAUCACCCCCGAAAACUACAACCUGACCAAAGCCUUCCUUGCGGAUGAUAUUUGCAAAUUCUCUGACAACACAUUUCCGAAACUGGAUCUGAAAACAGAAAAAACGACCGCCGUUGGCCUCCCGGCGCUCACGCAGGGCCUCAACUCAUCUGUGGCGGAGCGCCAGAGACGGAAUCGCGCCGUGCACAGAAGCCACGUCAAGGGCACGGUGCGAUGAGAUGAUCCAGAUGCUCACCUCUCACCUGCAACUACGGGGACAUGCAAAGUCAGUGUCCGUGUGAUGUCACAGAUCAAACAGCCAAUCAAAAAGCCGUGGAAGAACCGAGAGAAAUGUUUUCGCUGGGUAGAAGCUUGUAAACGGCAGGGAUUUACAGUACCUAAUGUCACCAAAGACACACAUAUAUAUAUAUAUAUCAUUGUCAAUUAUUCUCAAAGCAUCCCCUGAUCUUAAGCCCCCCAAAAGAGCUACGAAAAACUCCCAAAAACCCUACUAAAAAAAAUCAUUUUAUUUAAUCGUAUUUAUAUAUUUAUCAUAAAUGUAUCAUUUAUUCAUAUUACCUUACCAUACUACCAUAUAACCCUAACCCUAAAUAUUUCUGACACGUCACCGGUCCGUAGCUUUCCAUUCGCUUGUGAGUUACUCCUUCAUACCAUAUUCAUUCCGGGUAUUGAGAGCCAGGCUUCCUUAGUGGAGUUGUUGGUCCUCUGGGAUCUCACCCCCAGCAACACGGGUUUCAAUUUUGGUGGGGCCUAAAAAAAUUAUUAUGCCCUGCAUUUGACUAGGGGUGUAACGAUACAUCGAUACGCAUCGAUUAAUCGAUCGUAGAGCACUAGAUCGCGAUACAUCGUGAAUGAACCGCAGCAGGCUUUAAGAUAUCGGCAAAUAUCGUAUCGUAGUUCUUUAUAUCGAUAUUAUAUCGUAGCGUGAAAAAACCCGCGAUUUACAUCCCUACAUUUGACCCAUCCCCAUGUGAUCGAGGCUUCCGUAGUGUGGUGGUUUGUCUUCUGGGCUUUCACUCCAGCGACAUGGGUUUGAGUCUGGGUCCAGCCUAAAAAAUAAAUUUGCAACACAGUUGAUCGUGUAUUUCCCCAUUUAACCAUCCACCUCCCUGAAGCUUAGGGUUGGGUUUAGAGCUAAGGUUAGGUUUAGAGCUAGUGUUUGGAUUAGAGCUGGGGCUAGGGUAAGCGUUAGAGCUAGGGUUAGAACUAGAGCUAGCGUUAGGAUUAGAGGGUUAGGGUUAGGAUUAGGGUUAGAGCUAGGUUUAGGGUUUGGGCUAGGGUUAGGGUUAGGGUUAGCAGACCCCGAGCAGGGGUCGGGAACCUUUUUGACUAAGAGAGCCAUGAAAGCAAAAAAUUGGGAAAUUUAUUUCAGUGAGAGCCAUAUAAUAUAUUUUAAAAGUGAAUUCAACUAAAUGUCAGUAUAAUAAGCCUCUUGAAUUUAUUCUUUUAAAUAAUGUUGUUAUAACACUCAUCAUUACAGAACAGUUCUUGCCGACAGAGGCAUGUCUUGUAUCCGUUUCAUUAUCUUGUCUUCAAAGUCCGCUUUAUUGUCAAUCUCUUCACAUGUCAAGACAGACAAAGAAAUCGAAAUUACAUUUUCUCUAUCCCACGGUGACGAGACAUAUUACACGAUAGACAUACAAGUAAACGACACAAUACAAAAACAAGAAGGCACAAACAUUAAAUAAUAAGAAUGUUGAAUAAAUAAUAAAUAAACAGAUAACACAAUAAAUAAGAGGAGCAAAACGGAGCCAGUGUGCAUACAGCAGACAGUAAGCGUAGCGCAAAAGUACAGGACGCUUUGUUCGGAAGAUCAUGAAAAAAUUCAUUGGCUACAUCCAGCAUGAACGUUUUAGCAUACUCGCCAAUAUUUUAUUUUAUCUGCGAGCCAUAUGCAAUCAUCAAAAGAGCCACAUCUGGCUCGCGAGCCAUAGGUUCCCGACCCCUGGGUUAGUGCUAGGGUUAGCUCGCCAUUUUCUCGACUCGUACUCGCACUCUUAGGGUUAGCUCUAAGCCUUACCCUAACCCUAGCUCUAACCCUAACCCUAGCCACAGCUCUAACCCUAACACUAGCUCUAAACCUAACCCUAGCUCUUAACCUAACCCUAAGCUUUAGGGAGGUGUGCCGUUUUUUUCCGUGUAUAGUGCGCCCCCGUGUGUAGUACGCACCCCUAAAAAUGGCAUGCUGAUGCUGGAAAAAAGCUUGCACC